UUUUCUUUUUCUUUUUUAAAACACAAAUAAUGAGCAGACCUCAAGAAGAUGGUAUCAUUCGCUACGGUGACCAUGUUUCAUUGAAGCAUGUCAUGACCGGACGUUUCUUGACCUCAGUUCCCGAGAACUACGAGAGUGGAAGCUAUCAGCAAAAGACUUUUGCUGGUGAAUGGGAGUCUAGUGAAGAGUCAACUUGGAUUGUAAUUCCUCCUGUCGAGACUGAGGAGGAGCGCGGUUAUGAAGUCGGCUGGGAUGACCUUGUCCGUCUCAAGCACGUCCCUACCAGAGCCAAUCUCCACAGCCAUGAGAUUCCCAGCCCUGUCUCUCAGCAGCAGGAGGUUUCUUGCUUCGGAAGUGAUAAUGAGACCGAUGAAAACGAUGUCUGGAGAGUCAUCAAAUUUUACGAGGAUAGCGACGAGUAUGAUAAUUUCUGGCGCGUUGACCAGGCCUUCACUCUCAAACAUGAGCAAACCGGAUUCGUCUUGCACAGUCAUGACUUCACUAUUGAGGAUAACCGCAACGAGAUCACUGUCUAUCCUGAAGGUGAUGAUGAAAACAACAAGUGGAUUGUUGCGGAGUAAAUAGAUUUCCUUCAAACUUUAUCUUAGCUUCCGAUUUUCCGGUGUUGUAAAAAUAAGAAAUAAAUAAAUAAAUAAAAAAGCAAGGUCUUUGGCUCUCUUUAUGUUAUAUUU